AUGGCACCCAAAAAAGAUACAAAUGUUACUCUCGCCAGAGUCAGAUUACCCCGGGCAGCAAAAGACAAACCGAAGACAUCACCUGAACUUGUUCCAAAGACUACGCCCCAAACAAUUAAGAAAGUUCCAGGUCGUUCAAAGAAAUCCGUUCCUGAGACGAUAUCCACCUCAGAAACAAGUUCGGCUCGCAAAGUGAAAGGAAAAGGACGAGCAGUGACUACGGGAGAGCCCUCGAUAUCUACUCCUAGUGAUCAAAUAAUACGUCAAGAAGCAACCUAUCCGAAUCCAUUCUCCACAGAAAGCUCUCGUAAGAACACCGCAGCUUUGCUCUCUCAAUGGGAUUCCACCAAGUCUCCAGCUUUUUAUUCACCAAAUUCGGGAAAUGGACUAGUCAAUGGAACUCCAAAGUCUAAGUCGCCAAGAUCUGCGAGAUCCAAGCAUGAUAGAUCAUGCUCGAUAUUGGAUAAAGGGCAUAUUGCAAUUCCCCCACCAUCUUCGAAAGACAUAGGAGAGCAAACCUCCCAGCUCUUCGAUGCCAACAAACAACAACGUUUGAAUUCCUUAGCGGAGGGAAAGUUCCCCGAUCCGACUUACCCACGGGCGAGUAUAUCCGAUGGAACAGAACCUUCUCCGGGGUUCAAUGCCGCUAUGGGGUUCAGAUACUCUCCAGGAUUUGGGGGACCGCAUGGUUUCAACACGAGUCCAAGAAACCAAUCUGUUUUUAACCUGGCGCGAAAUGGUUCUACAAUACCAGGAACUGGAGUUCUGUCAUCUUCAGGGACUAUCAAAACAGGCGACCAAACCAACCACGGUGGUAUCGCUGAUGCUGGCCGCAGUCUUCGUGCCGAUGGAGAGGGACUUAAUAUUUCAUCAUCUAAGAAAGUAUCUACAGUUCCAGCUGGAGGGUUCCAGCAAUAUUCCUCAGGGUUUGGCCCGCAAUAUCCUCAGACUAUCACACAGUAUUCCGACUCUGCUUCAACAAACUGGCCCUAUUCAAUGGAUUGGAAUCAAAAUAGGUUUUCAGGGCAGGUAAACACAGCACCCCAGUCAUUAGGGUCGUAUGGACCGUGGUUCGGACCUGGACACACACGAGACUUCGACUCCGAAAAGCAAGACUGGUAUGCUGAUUGGAUGGCGUCGCAGCAAAACUUUCCUUCAAUACCAGACUACCUUUCAAACCCGAUGAUAGGUUACUAUCCAAUGCCAGAUUUCGAAUCUGCUGAUGCAAAUAUUCCACACCAGACGGCUCCCGGGCUGGAUCAGGCUGCUCAGGGUGCCACGGCGAUUGAUGAUCCAGAACCCCAGGGUAUCAGAGAAAGUAGAAUGACACGGGAGAAAACCAUGCUUGUGCCAGGUGGAAAGAUAAUUAAAACAACGACAACAGUAUUCACGCCCACUGACGAAGAGAGAAAUAAAAAGGGGAACAAUGUUGAACAGAAUGUAGAAGACAAAGUCGGUAUAGUCGUAGUAGACAAAGAGGGCAAUGUUGAUGUCGAGUCUGGAGAUUGGCUAGCGGGGUUCAACAGAAUCGAAGGAUGGGAGGUCGAAGCUUUACUCGGGCAAAGUAAAAGGUGGCGAUCCUGUAGGAAUCGGAAUGGAGUCACGAAGAAAGUCAUUACGAAGAAAACUAACCACAAAAAACCUACAACCUCAAAGAAAGCUGUUGCUUCGUUACAACAACCAGUCUUACCCCAGCUGCAUCCAAAUUUCCCCAAAUUUACACAAUUAGCAUCUACCAAGUUUGGAACUCUCAAUAACUCUAUAUCUAACCCCAUAUCACCCUCUAUAGACUUCAUCCCCUUUGAUCACCAGCGCCUUACCGACACAAGGUCCACCCGAUCACGAGCCACACGUAUAUCAAAGCCAAAGCCUCAACCUGUCAAAAAGGCAGCCGCAAAGAAAGCCACCCCAAAAGUUAAAUCCAAAACACCAACACCAACACCAACACCAACACCAAAGCCCAAAGCCACCGCCAGCAGAGUCACCAAGCCAACCGUAACUCCAGCUCGUAGCCUUCGCUCAACUAAAUCAUCUUCCAAAGCAAAACCCUCUGAGACUAAAUCGGGUCCCAAACCCAGUCCCUCCAAAUCCAAAUCCUCAUCAGCAAAAGAAUCCACUAAAGCUAAAGCUGCAGGCAAACAAGCCGCCGCGAAGCAGAAGAAAAUGCAAAAAAUCAUUGACCCGGGGAAGUCUCCCAAAUCUGCAGGGGAUUCCACCCGCAAUGGCGUCAACUUCAUGAAUGGCUUCACGCGCAACACCACAGAGCUACAGAAGGAAGUCCAACGUGAUCAAGCUCUUGCCAGCCAAGCCGCUGAAAACCUGGAGCGAUUUCGUGGGAAAGGCGCUGAGCAAGCUUCCCAGCAUUUUGAGAAGCUCAUAGAGAAUGUUGAGAAAGGGCGCAAGGAACUGGAAAGGCGUAAUAAGAAGCCUAAUUCAUGA